AUGACGCACGCAGUCUUCACCUUUUACAGCAACAGCAAGGACUCUCACCAACGCACACAUCAUAUCAAAAAGCUGCAUGGAAUGCUGCCCACUCUGAACUCCAUGCAGGCUCGCAAGCCCAACCUGUACCCAACAUGCGUGUGUCGACGAUGCGAGCUCGAGAAGGAGGAUAACGAUCACGUCUGGAAAUGCCCUUCGGCAGCUGAGACCACCACUGAGAUCUGGAAGGAGGCCAUGGGCAAGAUUAAUGAGUGGGGUGUGCAGGCGACAAACAGCUACAACGCAGCCAGGAAGCGAGAAUACAAACGCGCGGUGGACAGAGGUCGUCAGGUACCGAGGCCAGUACCCAUACACUGGUGGCCCCCUUCGGAUGCGGAUCAUGUGCGAGGAUUUUCCUCCAUCGGUGGAGCUCGAGCCGUGCACAGCGGUAGUCAAGCUCCCGAUCGAGACGAGAAACCGAUGUGGAAUGUGUCGGAUCUCCUCCGCGGCAUCACCCCCUUGAGCAUGUUGACUGAAUGGUCCGCGGUCUUCCGGACCCCAAUGUCCAUCGCCAAGACAGUCCUUCACAAGUUUGUUGGCUACCUGGAGGCGCAGGCCUCGGAGCUGAUCUGGAAACCUCGGUGCUCCGAGACGAUCGCGUGGGAACAAAGCCAGGGCAUCUCUGCCAAGGACAAGACAUCCAAGUACACAGGCCCCCGAGGUGACUGGAGUCAAGGAUACGGUUACAUCACGCACGAUGGUUUCUGUCCGUGUGGCGCUUCGCUAGCCACACAUUGUGAAGGAAGGUGCCCUGGGGCGACCAAGGACCCACGCGCUGCUGACGAGCGUUUGUUGGAGAGUUUGUUAGGAAGGAGGAGGUUGUCAAUGAUGGAGAGGAUGGGAAGAAUCCCCUUCAUUCGUAUCUAG